AUGUCCCACUUCAUCCGCGCUCCCCCCUUCCCCCGCCACGCCUCCACCCUCCCCCAGCACCUCCGCGACGAAAUGACCACCCGCCGCCUCCCCCUCAUCUACGACUUCCUAACCACCGACGCCGACCACAAGCUGCGCCGCUCCCUCCAAUCCUUUCUCGCCUACGACGCCUCCUCCAUCCCCGCCGCAGACCAAUUCAACGCCUCCGUCUAUGCGAAAGCGCUCACGCCGCACCUAGCCGCCGCGCACCACCUCGUCUACUUCAACCCCGCGAUCCCGGCCGACGAGCUGCUGCCGGACGGCACGGACCCGCUGCAGAGCCCCGGCGAGCCGUUCGUGCGGCGCAUGUGGGCGGGGGGCAGUUUGCGGUUCCGGCCGGGGGGGACGGCGGUGCUGGACGGGCGGCGGUGGGUGUGUCAUGAGUUUGUGCGGGACGUGCAGGUGAAAGGAAUGGAGGGGGCGGAGAAGGUGUUUGUGGGGAUUGAGCGGCGGAUGGCGAGUUUGAAUGAGCUCGGGGUGGAGCAGCAAGUUGAGGUCGAUGAGGACGUGGUGAGGGCAAAGCUGUGGCAUGCGAGUGAGGAGGAGUUUGGAAGUGCGAGUAUUAUUGAGAGGCGGAAUAUUGUGUUUAUGAGGGAGAGGGGGUUGGAGGAGUUGAGGGUGUUGAAGGAGGCGGCGGGGAAGCCGGGGAAGAUGCUGUUGCCCCAGCACAAGCCUGACUUCGAACACGUCCUAACACCCACCCCCUCCCUCCUCUUUCGCUUCAGCGCCCUGACCUUCAACGCGCAUGCCAUCCACCUAGACCCUUCUUACUGCCGGGACAUAGAAGGCCACCGCAACCUCCUGGUCCACGGACCUCUAACCCUCACCCUACUCAUGGAGCUGCUCGGAAACCAUCUGAGGGUUGACCCUUUCCAGGUGUAUCCAUCCAUUGACUCCUUUGAAUACCGGAAUCUAGCGCCUUUGUACGCGAACGAGCCGCUUAGGUUAUGUGGUCGAUCGCUCGACCACAAUAAGUACGAGCUCUGGGCUGAGACGCCCGAGGGUGGCAUUGCGUGUAAAGGGGUUGCGAGGACGACGGUGGAGAAAGAGGAGGGAAAGGCGAAGUUGUAG